AAAUUCAUUCAUCCAUCUUCUUUUUUCGACAUCACCGUUCGAAUUGUUGGAUACUUGAUUUGAGGCAUCGCAUUGAACUCCAAAAACCGGCGAAUAGAAAGUUGAAGUUUUUCCGGCGAAGACGACCUGAGAAACCUCCGGCGAGAUAGAAACCUUCGAGAUGGCUGGGAAUAAAUAAAACGACGAAGUACCGAGGAAGCAGCAUACGCGGGAAGGCCCUGAGAAGGAGAAGCGGGUACUCAGAGUAUCCCCGAGGAAGAAACUCUCUCCGACAAAGCCGCCGGAGGAAUUGGGCAGUACAAGCGUGGUUCCGACUGAAGAUCUUAUAGUUGAAGAGUUACCACCUAGACUCUUUGCCCUAGACCGGUACCCUGUGAAGACGAAGAUGAACGCGUACUCCAAACCGGAGUACCUUUCUGACAUAGCGCAAGUUCUUAAGGGAAAAGAGGAGAUGAAGUUUCUUCUCGAAUCUCCAUUUGGGGACCUUUUUAGGAUACCUGCUAACAAGUCUUCCUUCUCAGGUAAGCUUGUUCUUGGACUAAUAUGUCAUCAGUUAGUGACGAGUAAAGUGAAUGAGAUGUGGAUGGUCUUCGGCGGUCAUCCAAUAAAAUUUGGAUUAAGAGAAUUUAGUCUGGUAACUGGUCUAGAAUGUGGGACGUAUCCCAACAAGAAAGACGUGACGGAUGUGCUAAAGGUCAAAGCUGGGAGUCAAAGUGUCUGGAAAACUCUGUUUGAGGAGAAGUUUGUGACGUAGCCGAAUCCAACAGUGCAUGAUUUGGUGGUCUGGCUGAAGGAGGAGGAAAAUAUGGAUGGGUGGAAGCAGCUGGUCUUAUUUCUUAUAAUCUUGGUAGAUGGUGUGAUAGGGUGCCAUAAUAACCCCAUAAGGCCUUCUGAGUUCACUGUUGAGAUGACGAAGAGCGUGCAAUUCUUCUGCAAAUACCCUUGGGGAAGGGUGUCUUUUACCCGUACUUUGGAGAGGAUAGCAAAAUUCCAAACCCCUUCAGAUGCUCAAAAACUGAUAAGGUGUGUAAAGGAUGGGUCUUAUGCACUACAUGGAUUCCCAUUAGCACUCCAGCUGUUUGCGUUUGAAACAAUCCCAUCCCUUGCUAAGCUAGUACCUGAUGAUGAAGCUAACAGGACAUUUACUCAGAGGUCUAUCCAUCAUCUUGCCUCACUACGGGCAAUCAUGACAUCCAGCAUCUUGGAGUGUGAGGCUGCUGAAGAGGUAUGUACAAUUGUUUAUGUACGUACAUUAUUUAAAAAGUAAGUGUACAUUCUCUAAGUGGUUAACAAACUUAUUGGUGUAGGUUGAGGUAACCUAUCUUGUGAAACCAGAGGACAAUAUUUGUCCUCCAUCCCUGUCAUGAGAUGAUGAAGUUGAGGAUCCAAGAGUUGCUUACAUUGAGCGAUUGUUGUUAGCUGGUUAUGAGUGGAAGGAGGAAGAAUGGGUUGGAGGUUAUGCUGCAUUUCCAAAGCAGGAGCACCCACCACAACUUGGAGAGAUACGUGAGUGUAAAUGUUGUUUUUAUACUUUCUGAUUAUUGUCCCUUGAAGACCAAUCAAUGAUUAAACUGGUCUAUCGUAGGUGUGAAGAAGAGGAAAAGAAAUGUAACAGCCCCGAAUGCACUUGCUUUGAAAAAACAGAAAUUUGUUGUGGAAGAAGAAAAUGAGGACACUGCUGAGGAUUGUUUUGAAGAUCCCCAGUUUGAGAAGUUUGUAGUUGAACUUAGGAGGUGUUUCAAGAGGCAGGAAGCACAAAAUAAACAAAUGCAACAAGACUUGAAGAAAUUUGUCCGUCAGGAGAUACGUGCUGCCUUAGAUCCAAAGGGCAAAAAGACAGAACCAACCAAAACUUCCCAUGCUUCACAGGGCCCAACUAAAUCGGUGGCUAAGGCACCGAUGAGUGUGAAGAAGGCAUCUAAAAGGAUGUCUACAAAGAAAGUCUUCAAGUCUGGAACAAGAAAGUCUUCAAGGCUGAAGAAUAUGACGUCAAUUGCGGAGAUUACUCAGCUUUCUGAUGGUAACUCUUCCUCUGAGGAAGAUGACCAGGAUGAAGCCAACAAUGAAGGUGGUUUUACUGCAAAUGAUGGAGGAGAUUUUUCGAACAGAGACGAAUAUAUGGUUGACACUGGAGUAGCUAACAUUUCAGUUGGUGGACCUACACCUUCCCAUCAGGAUGAAGGAGCACGUGAUGGUGGUGAGUCUGUCCUUGUUGGUACACAGUCAGGGACCGAGGAAAAAGCUAGUGCUGACACAGAUAUGUCUUGUGCUAAUAGUCACAUACUGUUUUCCAUAAGUGAUAAAAGACCAAUUGAUGGUGGUGAGCCUGUCGUAGUUGGUACACAGCUAGGGACAGAUGAAAAACCAACUGCUGACACAGAGAUGGUAGAAAAUCCAUCAGGUUUACCUGCAACAUCUAGACAGGGAUAAGAACAUGGUGCCGGUCUUGAGAGUGAAGCAAAUGUUGGGGAGGAACCAGAAAUUUGUGAGGAUAAUGAUAGAGAUACAUCUUCUCAG